AGGAUGUUGUUGUUAGCUUCAGCCCUGGAUGAGAACAUGCAGUAGUCCUGCACACAUGUGGAUGUUUUAAAGUUAUGGGCUGAGAUCCACCUGCAUCCAACAUGGCGAGAGACAGAAAGUGCAUCCUCUGUGAAACGGUCUACGUCUCCAAGCAGGAGAUGGACGAGCACAUGAGAAGUAUGUUGCACCACCGCGAGCUGGAGAAGCUCAAAGGCCGGGACUGCGGACACGAGUGCAGAGUGUGUAAGGUGAAGGUGGUGAGCCUCACCGAAUACGCCGGCCACAUCUCCAGCCCCACGCACAAGCAGAACGUGGAGGCGGCCGAGCAGAAACCUGCUGGGAACGACCAAGACGAGGACUACUUCGACCAGGCUUUGGUGGAGCUGAUCGAGAAGAGAAAAGAGCAGAUCAGAAAAGAGAAGGAGGCUGCCGCUGCAAAGCUGGCAAAAGAAGAAGAAGACCGAAAAAGAAAGGAGGAGUUUCAGCAGCGACUAAAGGAGGCGAAGGACCGUUACCGCUACGGUCUGGCCUUGCAGCAGCAGCAGCAGCAGCAGCCGCCGCCGCAGGGGUUCGCUGAUUCCGCUCUCAACACUUCCUGGUACGGGAGCAACCAGUAUAACGCCUGGGCAGGGGGGCCACGACCCUGGCACCACAACAAACAGGGAAAGAGCGCCACCUGGCACGCUCAGGAGCCUCCCAACCUACAGAAGUGGGCGUCCGCAGAGUUUGGUGGAGGAAACUUCAACGGCCAAGAGGGGCGGAGCAACAAGACGUGGGGUCAGAGCGGGUAUUCUGGCAAUCCACAAAAUCGGCUGCCGUGGCUCAGCAAUGGGGGCAGCAGUAACGGGCUCUAUGGCCAGAACAAUAUUUCCCAGUAUGCCCAGAGGGGGCGGCCCCUGAGCCUGUUAGGGCAUCCCAAGUUUCCACCUCCGCCCAGUUUCUUCGCCCAGGCCUUCAGCCAGUUUCAGAGUAUGGGCACUGACCAGGGAGGUCAGCAGGCUGCCGGGCUUCAGAACUGGGAGGGACAACCAGCAGAGCCUGAACAUAACAGCAGCAAGAGCUCCAAGGCUUUCGGUAGCAAUCCGAAGCUGGACAAAGCGUGCCGCUGGUCGCCCUACCCAGUCACCAAGGGUUCUGAAUUCGUACCUCAUAGCGAUACCAACCCAAACUCUUCAGAGAAGUACCACAAAGGCCCUAAACCGCUGAUCAAACCUCCAGAAAUCAGCUUCGAGAGGCAGUCCAGACCUGAGCAGAAACCAGGGCAGCUGACCUCGAGUCGACCAAGUGUGGAAGACAAAGGGAAGCACAAAGCAAACCCAGCGACCAAACCCAGAGACAGGAGCAGCAGCAGCAGCGGUAGAAGCAGCAGCUCUCAGAGAGAAGGCCACCAGAACUCCCCAUCUGGUUCGUCCAAUAAAAAGCCGUUGCUGAAGAUAGAUCGAAAGAUGUCCUCGGUUCCAGGUGUCGGCGGUGGAGCUCAGCUUAGCAAGGCCUCCAGUCAAGCACAGUCGAAACCAGCUGCAAAGCAGAGUGGACUCAAGGCUUCAACUGUUGGGCCGCUGCAGUCUAGACAAGAACGGCAGCUUCCAGAGUCAGUGAAGAAAGCCAGACAGAUUGUGUUAGAACAGAGAGGCUCUUUAGACAGCUCCACUAACAACAGGAUGGAAAUGGCACGGCACAUCGCGGAGGAGCAAUCACAGAGUCCGAUUGGAGUCAACAAGGAAAACAGCUGUAGGCAGAAUGCAAGUCAGCCCGAUGCAGUCAGGCCAGAAAAGCCUGCGCUGGCGUCUUCAGACAGCAGCCAGUUUCUCCAGUCGCUGCAAGUCAGCACCUCCACCGUGGAGAGCUCAGAGCCGGCAGCUUCAGGCCGGGACGAUGAGGAGAGCAGGAAGAAAUCGGAGAAGGAAACCUGCUCGGUGGCCUCCGAUGACGGCAUGCAGGCAACUGAGGCGGGUCAGAGCUCAGAGAGCGACACCUCCAGAAGCGGCGAAGCUCAGACCGGAUCCAACACAUCCAGUCUGUCCAAACUGGACCUGCCUCCUGUGUUGAAACGGGACCUCAGCAAACACAUCAGCUCCAAAAACAAGACAGUCGGCCAUGAACCGAACCUGAACAUCGCCAGACGGGUGCGUAACCUGAGCGAGUCGCGGAGAAGCGACACCGAAAAGGACUCUGGGCUCAAACCGACCGUACGGCAGCUCAUCAGCUCAUCGGGGUCUCGACGUAACGUGAACUGGGAACAGGUGUAUCAGGAAGUCAGGAAGAAGCAAGACAAGGGGAAAGGCAUGCCGAGGUUUGGGAUAGAGAUGGUGCCAUGUGAGCAGGAGUACCAGAGCCAGGAGGAGGAUAACAUUCCCCUGCUGGAGGGUUUCCAAUGGGAAUCAUUAAUGGACGUCUCUUCCCAGGGCGCCUCCCGAAAACGCUCUUUGUCAGAGAGCAGCGUCGCACCAGCAUCCACACACUCGCUGUUUACAAGCCUCACAUCCAAAGACACCGCACAGAGAGAAGGCCUCAGCUCUGAGCAGCAGCCGUCUGCAGUUUCUCCCAGCCACGUUUCUGAUCAAGGAAGUGGAGACAAUCAGCCAGAGGUUGGGCGGGUGUUGGGUCAGUUUGAGGCUAAAGCACAGAAGCAGCCAGGCAAAGCGAAGACAGUGAAAGCUCUGCAGAGAUCCGACUCAGUCCUCGGAGACAGCAGCUCGGGAACGGAGCAGUACGACGGUCAGGGAACAGGGAAGAGGCGGAGAGCAGCCGGGGAUGUUCCAAAUGCAGAAUCCUUGUGCCUGGAACAUAAUAGCAAAAGACGGAAGGUCAAAUCCAAAAAAGAGCGUUUACAGAUCGACCAGCUGCUGGCCGUGUCUCUGCGAGAGGACGAGCUGAGUCGCUCCCUGCAGACGGUGGACGCCAGCCUGAUCCAGGCCCGAGCUGCUCUGGAGGCCGCUUACCUGGAGGUGCAGCGCCUCAUGGUGGUUAAACAGCAGAUGAACGGAGAGAUGAGCUCGCUGAGAAACAAGCGGAUCGAGUUACUCAAAGGGAUGCAAGGUACCGUGGAGGAAGCCCCUCAGGUGAAGCUGAAAGAGGAAAAGAUGGAUUCAGAAACAGCUGAGCCACACAUCCCCUCCUCUGUGAUGCUUCCUCCCGUUGUGGACUCUGCUGCCUCCAGUCCCGGUCGUGCUGCAGACUGCGCCUCUCCUCCCUCCUCCAGCCUUCCCUUCACGCCUGUAGUCGUGAAGCAGGAGCCCCAGUCUCCUGUCCACGUCAGCCCAGAGCUGGACGCUGCAGACGGCGUGGCCCACUGCGCUCACAGCACCACUCCGGAGCUGCCAGUCGCUCCUGCCACAGCUUCAGAUCCUCCCCUGAACUUCCAGCCCUCUCCUGACAGAAAAUCAGAGCUGCACCAAGCCAGCUUUGUUGAGCCUGCAGCCUGCGAAGAGGAGCUGCAGGGUCUGGUGGAGACGACAGAAAGGGGCAUCCAGACAGCGAGAAGCUGCCUUCCGGCUUCUCCUGACUCCAAAGCCUCCCUAAAGCUCCUCUCCCCCAGCAGGAGAGGCUCUGAGGAGGCCGACGGUGCCGACGCUCACUUCUUCCAGCCUCCCUCGGCGCCUUUAGCCCCGAACCUGCCGACCUCUCCGUCCGAAACCAGGGCCGGGAAGCGUGUGAGGAAGCUGAAGAAGAGGAAGGCGCUGAAGAAGGCUCCGGGCCUGGAGCAGCUCGAGAGCACCGACACUGAGAUGGACGAAGAAGCCUCAAGGCCCAGAUGGCUCCGACCUCGCAGGAGACCCAGCGGAGGCUCUCAGGUCAGCACCUCCAGUCUGCCCCCAGAAGACAGAGACGGCGACGUGAAGGCGCUCAGGACGGCGGUUCUGACCGUCAAACUGGAGAAGAUCGACCGCAAACUCAUGGUGGAGCUUCCUCAGGCGGCCGCCACUGAGGCUGCUGUGGUGGAUUCAGAGGAAAGCAUGGAGGUCACUGUGGCCUUCCAGCAGCCCCACGCAGACGCCUCGCCCCUGGUUACCCCUCCAGCACCGGCCCCAGACUCCUCCAGACCCGAGCCCCAGAGCCUGGCCUGCAACGAGGUCUCCUCCACCAGUGACAUGGAUCUGUGUAAAUCCUCUGAGAGCGAUUUGCCGUUUGCCAUCACGCUGCCCAAGAACUCAUCAGAUGUGUCCUCCGACCACGGUGAGGACGAGAUGCCCUCCGACGGUGCGUUCGAGGGCCACCAGGAGGCUGUUAACGCCAUGCAGAUCCACAACGGGCUGCUGUACACGUGUUCAGGAGACCGAACCGUCAAAGCCUUUGACCUGGUGACUCAUAAAUGUGUGGGUGUGUUCGAGGGUCACAGCUCCAAAGUGAGCUGCCUGUUGGUGUCUGCGGCUCCGGGACUCCAUCAUCGUCUUUAUUCUGGUUCCAGCGACCAAACCAUCCGCUGCUACAGCCUCAAGACACGAGAGCUGGAGCAGCAGUUCUCUCUGUCGGACCGAGUCCUCUGCCUUCACAGCCGCUGGAGGACUUUGUACGCCGGUCUGGGAAACGGCACAGUGGUGACCUUUAACCUCAAGUCAAACAAGCAGAUGGAAGUGUUCGAGUGCCACGGGCCGCGAGCUGUCAGCUGCUUGGCCUCGUCGCAGGAAGGAGCUCGGAGGGUCCUGCUGGUCGGAUCCUUCGACAGCACCAUCAGCGUGAGGGACGCCAAGAACGGACUGCUGCUGAGAACUCUGGAGGGUCACAGCAAGACGGUGCUCUGCAUGAAGGUGGUCAAUGAUCUGGUGUUCAGUGGAUCCAGUGAUCAAUGCGUCUACGCACACAACAUCCACACAGGGGAGCUGGUUCGGGUCUACAAAGGACACAAUCAUGCUGUCACUGUGGUGGCCGUCCUGGGCAAAGUAAUGGUGACCGCCUGCCUCGACAAACUGGUCCGAGUCUACGACCUGCAGUCUCAUGAGCAGCUGCAGGUGUACGGUGGACACAAGGACAUGGUGAUGUGUAUGUCGGUGCACAAGAACAUGAUCUACACCGGUUGUUACGACGGCAGCGUUCAGGCCGUCAAGCUGAACCUGAUGCAGAACUACCGCUGCUGGUGGCACGGCUGCUCGCUGGUCUUCGGGCUGACGGAGCAUCUGCAGCAGCACCUGAUCAACGACCAUACCGGUGCCAAACUCCAGACGAUCAAGUGCCGCUGGAAAAACUGUGAAGAGUUUUUCUGUGCACGCAACAGCUCCAAGCAGGGAAUGCUGGUGCACAUGCAGAAACAUGCCGAGGAGGAGACCCAAGUGGAGCCUUAAGGGCGACCGGUGGAAACACACUUUCCGCCUUGAGCUCUUUUACCCUUUACCCCCCUGUUAACCUCCCAUAUUGGGGGGGCCUGUUCUCGGGACCCGCUAACUGACGAGCGGCGUCCGACGACUCCAUCCUUUAUGUUCGGUGUUGGAAUCCAACCAUAAUACAAUCGUGAAAGGAGGUUGGUUGCGCUGUUGUUGUUGUUUGUUUUGUUUUUUUUUACGUUCUACAAAACACGCCUUCCUCUCUUUCUGUCUGACCACUGCAGCUCCUCUUUAACUGACCAAAGUAAGACGAAAAGAAAAACCAACACACGACUUUUGUUUAUCGAAGAAACUCCAGCGUUGCCGGUAUUCGAGGGGGGGAUUCGCGCUGCUUUGCAUUUCAAAACUGCAACAAAAACCAAUAAUGGUCUUCCGGAUUGGUUGGCUACCAUAUGGCAUGGGUUAAGAGAUGUUUUUAUUGUUGUUGUGCUGUUGUGAUGUGUCAUGUUGAGCAACCUUUAGUUUUUUGUUUUUUUUUUCUUUCCUGUUUUUGCGAGUUUAUUCAAAGUAGCCUCGCGCUUUUAUUUUUUGGGGAAAUCAUCGUCUCCCAGCUAACGGUGUGAUUAUUUGUUAUGAAGGAGUUUAAUUUAUUUCUGGUUUGGUUUUUAUUUUAUUUUCAGAAAAAUAAACCCGAUGUCUAACAGUCUUCUCGUUUCGUUAGCAGCUCGGGGGUUAUAUUUAUUUGAUCCGUUGCUCAUUCAGGUGACGUUUCAGCGUGGAGGGACUUUGUCGUGUGACUCGGCCUGAGGUUGCCAUUUGAGGAUUUACAUUUGCAGUGAUAACAGAGCCGAGGCGUGGACGCGGUGGUGUGUUUGUGUGUUCCUGCGCGCGUUUGUCUGUGUGGAUUCAUUCCUCGUAACUGUUGACGGAACGUUUCCAACCUCGUUUUCCAAGAGUGUGAGUGUGAGACACGGUUUUUAAUGGACUUUAUUUUAUAUUCGGAGCGUCGAGCAGAAGGCACCGGAGCUGUAUUUUUUUCCACAGUGAAGAUAGUUUUCUAAUGAAGUGUGGAGGUGAAGGAUGUUUAGAGGAGGUGUUUGAUGGAAGAUCUUGGAGGGAAGAAUUAGGAUUCAUCUCCCAUGCCAUACCUCACCCUCUUACAAACCGGUGACACAAAGGAAACCCAUUUUAUCGCAGCUUGAAAGCCUAGCUGGUGUUCUCUUGGCGGCGUCCACCCCGUCGAUGAAUCGUUCUCAGCCGAGUUAAGCCAACGAUCUUGCCGCCGCCGUCUUCCAAACUCUCCUCACUCACUCGACGUUUUGUGACCGAGCAAAGCGAGCGCUUCACCUCUUACCUGGCAUUCCUGAGUUUCUUCAAGUUUUUCAGUUGUUCUCGAAGUUGUGAAGAGAUAUUUUUUAAGAAAGUGCAAUUUAAGAACUUAUUAAUAAAAAAAAUAAAAAUGUUGCAACAUCA